AUUCAUCGAAGCCUCUUCUAGGGUUUUGUGGGGGAAGAAACAUUUGUAAAGACAGAAUGGUCAGUUACUUUGGAAACCAUUUCUGAAUCAAUGGAAAACCCUCGUCCUUCCUCCUCAGUUGAACCAGAACCCAAAAAGCUCAAAAUGUCCACCACCACCACCGACGAAGACGACGACGACGUAUUCCGCAACACUGAAGUCACUGCCGAUGGCUCCGUUUCCGAAAGGAAGCAACGAUAUAAACGCCGCAAAAUCGCGAUAUUCUUCGCCUACUGUGGAGUCGGCUAUCAAGGUAUGCAAAAGAAUCCAGGAGCCAAAACCAUUGAAGGCGACCUUGAAGAGGCUCUGUUUUCAGCUGGCGCUGUUCCUGAACAAGACCGUGGAAUGCCCAAACGUUACGAUUGGGCACGGUCCGCUAGAACCGAUAAAGGUGUUAGUGCUGUCGGACAAGUCGUAUCGGGACGCUUUUACAUUGAUCCUCCUGGUUUGAUCGAUCGACUCAACUCUCUACUCCCUUCACAGUUUCAAAUCUUCGGAUUCAAGCGGGUUACGGGAUCUUUCAAUGCGAAGAAGUUCUGCGAUCGGAGGAGGUAUGUUUAUCUUGUACCCGUUUUUGCACUUGAUCCGAGUUGCCACAGGGAUAGAGAGAGCGUGAAGGCUAGUUUAGGAUCCGGGAAUGAGUUGGUUAAGUGUUUAGAAUGUUCAGAUAGAGGACGUAAAGUUAUAGGAUUGAUGGGAAAGCGUACCUUCGAGUUGAGUGGUAACAUUUCAACUGAAACUGAAGGCAUUUCAUUAGACACUGGUGCUGCAGGUCAGGAAAUUGAGGGGUUUGUUGAGAAAGAGCACAUUAAUGAGAAUGGCAACAAUUCAGAUGCAUUUGUCUACGGUGAACGAGAGAAGGAGAUGUUUAAUCGAGUUCUAAAGCGUUAUGAAGGAACGCAUAACUUCCACAACUUCACAACUAGAAUAAAAGCUGAAGAUCCAGCAGCCAAACGCUACAUCAUUUCCUUCGAGGCAAACACUACAGUCAAUGUGGAAGGGAUUGAAUUUGUCAAGUGUGAAGUAGUGGGGCAGAGCUUCAUGCUUCACCAGAUUCGAAAAAUGGUGGGUCUUGCUGUUGCAAUCAUGAGGGGAUGUGCCCCUGAAUCUUUAAUUGAAACAGCAUUCAACCCGAAACUUAGCAUUACUGUGCCGACAGCACCUGAGGUUGGGUUAUAUUUGGACGAGUGUUUCUUUUCAUCGUAUAACAAGAAAUGGAAGGACACCCAUGAAGAGGUGUCGAUGACUUCUUAUGCAGAGGUGGCUCAGGAUUUCAAGAUGAAGCAUAUUUACCCUCAUAUAGCUUUAACUGAGGAUAAGGAAGGUGUAGUUGCACUUUGGUUGCAUUCACUUAAUCGCCGCAAUUACCCUGAUUUGUACGCUUCAGACUAUGUCAGGAAUGGCGACGAUCCAAAACAUGUUGAAACAGCUGCGGCUGAUGUUGAAGAAUCAACAGCUGUUGUUGAAGCAGCUGCGGCUGAUGUUGAAACAGCUGCGGCUGUUGUUGAAGAAUCGACGGCUGUUGUUGAAGCAGUUGCGGGCUGAUGUAACAUAAAUAAAUCACAGGCAAGAAACUAUAUUAUUCUGGUUUUAAUUUAUGAAAUGAUUGAUUUUCAAUAGUUGCAAUGAGUUAUAGACCAUGGCCGAGCUCAAAUAGGGUUUUUAGAGCAUUUUGGCAUCUGUAUUUGCCAGACUUGGAUUUUCUGGGUAUCUUGUUGUUACUAGCUAUCUCAUUCUUGUUGUGUAAUGAACCAAUCUACAAAUUAAUUU